AUGGCUACAAGCUCCGUCUGCUCUUCAAAACCAUUGGUGGUGUCGAUAAAUAAUUAUUCGUACAAUAAUGUAAAUAAAACAACAAAUGUUGACGAUGAUUUUGACUGUGUCAAAGUUGAAAUUUCGGAUCUUGAUAACAAUUGCUCAAAUUCAACAACACUUAGUUUAAUGAGAUGUAAAACACAAAUACUUCAUCCAUUUCGAAAGUUGCUGUGCUUUAUUGGUUGGAGACCAUUUGGUGCUGACAGUUGGCAACGUUCAUCAGUUUUCUUUCGUAUUAUCAAUAUUAUUUAUCCGAUUUUUAUAUUAUUAUUACUUUUGUUUAAUUAUACUUAUGAAAUCAUAAUUUGCCAAGGAAAACUCAAUGUCAGAACAGACACACAAAAGACAACAACUACAACUACUACUGUGACUAGUUCACCAACAGAACAUGACCUAACAACAAGUUUACACAAAAAUCAGUCAGCAGGUACCUGGGCUACAUUGCAACCUGGCAUAACUAGACCACAUACAACAAAUGCUAGUCUGACUUUGAUACAUGCACAUGCAGAAUGUGGUCAUAUAUUUACUACUUACAUUUUACCUGAUAUCUUUCACUGUGUUGCUUUCAUUAUUGGUUUUAUUCAUUUUCGUGUUACUGAAGGCGAACCUAUGUACUCUCUGAUGGAAAAAGUUUUUAUUCAUGCCGAUCAAAAUGUUCGUCUCUCUGGUACAAAUCGAGCUAUUCGACGAUUAAAGUUAUUUUUAUUGAUUGGUUGUAUAUGGGUGAUCGUAUCUGUAGCCACACAUGCUCUUUCAAAUGCUAUGAAUGACUUUGCCCAUACGCUUAUUUUUCGUGAAACAACACUUCAGAUCGUAACAGAAAAACCGAUGCGAUAUGCACUUUUUACAAUUGAUAUUAUUUGUCUUCUAAUUUCGAAUUGUAUUCAUAUGGCUGUUGCUAUGAAUUAUGCGUGUCACUGUGAAAUGAUUCUAUUUUAUUGUAAAGCGAUUCGAAUACGUUUAGAAGAAAACUCAAUACAUCUUCUUGAAGCUAUGAAACGAAUUCUUGAUCUUGCAACAUCAAUCAGUCAAUUGAAUAGUUCAGCAUCCAGAAUGAUGUCGAUACUAAUUAUUUUCUUUCUUGAACGCUCUAUACUCGGGUUCAUCUUAUUGGUAGUCAAUCAAAUCUUUCAAGUUGACAUGUGGAUUUAUCGAUCUUUUUAUACUUUGGUUUGGUUAUCUAUUCUUGCUUUUUGUCUUGCACAAGCAGCUCGAGUAACAUCUAAAUGUGAUAAGUUUUAUCGUAUCAGCCUUUCAAUGCGUGUCUAUGGAUAUCAUAAUGCUACACCCGGUGAACUUGAUGGUUUUCUACUAUUUCUUUCUAAAGCUGAAUUACGUGUGAAAUUAUUUGGAAUAACUAUUCGGCCGGGCACAAUCAUUUUUAUUAGCAUAACAUUUUUUCUUGUAUUUAUUGUUCUUUUACAAACAAGUAUCAUAUCGAAUGCAAAUUCUUUCUUAUAA